AAAGCAAACAGUUUUGGAAGCAUUGGUAAAACGCAAAGCGAUUGCAAAUCGGAGAAGAAAAUAAGAAUUUAUGAAAUAUUAUUUUUCCUGGCAAAAAUGUGGCACAAAUUGUACUAAAUAUUGAAAAUUAUUGAAGUGAACUGCUUGUUACUAUAUGCAAGUUACUAUGAGCAAGUUUUUGAAGUGAAAGCAAUGAAAAAUGGAGUUAAAUUUUCUAGUUACGACGUCGAUGAAAAUUUUGCAAAUGGAAAAAAUGGGAAGUUGCGGUGGUGGUGUGUGUAAAUUGGAGUAAUUUAUACGAUUUGUACACAUUAAAUUAAAAUUGACAAAAACUGAAAAAACUUGUAAGAAGGUGUUAUUUAGAAAAGGUAACGAGAACUCGGAUUGUACUAAUAUUUGAAGCGGCUGAUUAGCAUCGCAGAUAUUUUUCAAGUGAAUUCAAGUGUGAAUUGAAAAGUUAGGAGUGGGCGAAGAGGCGAAAGGGGUGAAUGAAAUAUGGUCGUCUCCAAAGACUCCAAGCGGAAACGCAAAGAGUCACCGCCACCUCAACCGACAGCAGUAGAGUCGUCACCAGAAAUGCCUAAAAGGACCAAAGUUCAAGCCCAACGGAAGUUUGCCCAAGGCCAAAAUGCACCAACAUCGUCAUACAGCUCUGUAAUUGCAGCAUCUUCAUCUUCAAAUACCGGACCGAGCACAUCUUCAGAGAGCCGUGAGCCUCCAACUGAAAUUUUACCAAACAAGCGUCCAAAAACGGAAGACUUUCUAACGUUUUUAUGUUUUCGGGGAACACCUGCAUUGCCAGCACAUUUAGACUUUUUGAAUCAAGGAAAGACAAAUGAAGCGGAGGGCAAAGUCAAAAAACCCGCCUCCAAACCAGCCAAAGGUGGUAAAAAAGGCAAGAAAGGCCGACCGAAGGGCAGCAUAUCAAAAAAGGAAGAACCAAAGCCCUCGACAUCCAAACAUGCAACAUCAACCGCAGUAGCAGCAUCCGAAAAUACGGAAACCAAAGCAGAUGAACCAGUCUCAGCAGUUUCUACCAAACAAGAAAGUAAACCUGAUAUUGCUGAUAAUAAUGUUAAAUCAUUUGCUGUAAGAAAACGUGCAGAAGUAGUUCCUGGGGGUAAUCGUCGUAGUCGUCCUCCAGCAGAUCGACAACCCGUCAAUUCGUCGGACGCUGAUAAGUGCAAUAAUUCUCCGGAUACAAAGAGACGAUCAAAUCGUGGUGUUGCAAAGGACACUCAACAAAUAACUGAGCACGAAAAUGAGGAGUGCGAUGAAUUUUAUUCUGCAAAAGAUGAUGCGUCUAAGGUGGAAGAACAAGAAAAAGAGUCAUUUUUGGUGCGAAAAGGAGAUGGGAAAAAAUCGAAAACACCCACCAUACAGGAGCGUAAAUCGGAAACACCUUCGAAGGAAAGCGAAACGUGUCGUUCACGAAAGGGCAGGCCACCUUCAGCUACCAAAAAAGGAAAAGAUGUUACGACAGAAGAUGUACCAGAGGAAUUAAAAGAAAUGAAUUCCAAAGAAUCCACUAAAACAACACAGAAGCCAGAUGAGAAGCCAAAGGCGAAAGAAAAAAUAUCAAUAAAAAGACCCAGACAAAAAGAGUCACCAAUAUUUAUACCAUCACCUGAACCGUCAGGACGUAUGACAAGACAGCGUGCGUUUUUUGAACCUGUAAAAGUGAUUCACACAGAAGAUGCUGAAGGUGAAAAAGCUGUAGAGGAUGAUCCGAAAAUUGAGAAUGCAGAUAUUCCUAAAAUGCAGCUCGCAAACAAAAAUACCAAGAAAGGUAAAAAAAAGGAAGGUGAGGAUUUGAAUGCUCAAAAUAAAGAUAGGUUAAAUGUCUUUGAUUUUUCGUCAGAUGACGAACAGCCAUUGGCAAAGUCUAUGAAACUUAAAAAGGGCGCUAAGGGAACACCUAAGAAAGUUGGCCGUGUAGGAAAGUUAGCAAGAAAGAUAACUCCACAGAAACUAACUACGGAGUUAAAGGCAGAACAGCAAAUAUAUGCUUCUGGGGAAAUCGAUGCAGUAAAAGGUGAAGUUGAAGCAAUUUCAAUUUCCAAUGGCAAUGAAAAGGAAGCGCCCGAAGAUAAACAGCAAGUAAUUAUUAAAAGUAAAGGUAGAGGCAGAGGCAGAACAGCAAAAAAGAAAAUGGAUGAAGGGGUGGAGAUAGAGGCAGAGGUAGAAAAAGGAGUAUCACCAACAUCUCCGAAAAAACAGUCACCUGCACGCCAAUUAAUAAACAAAAAAUCUAAGUCAGAUAUCUCCGCAGUAAAUGGUGAAGAAGAAAAUGAGACCACCACAAGUGCACAAGCAAGAUUUCAACGGCCAUCGCGAAAAACAAAGGAGGCAGCUGCUAUCUAUAUGGGUAUAAUCGGGCAUAAACUUCAGCUGGCUGAAGAUGAAGAUGAUGAUUUAUCAUUGAACAGUUUUCCCGACCGACCAAACGUUAAAGAAAUGGAAAAAAUGGAAAACGAAUUAAAAAAGAAUGCAGCAACAGGGGUUGGUACAAGUGCUGGAAACAGUGGGCCUGUCUUUAAAGGAGACUCCCCAAAGCCAGUAUCAACAGAACUAACAGUUCCUGUUGAAAAACCAAUGACUGCAAGACGCGGACGCCCACCCAAACAAAAUAAACAAGCACCGGUUAAACGAGAAAUUGAAGGAAUGCUUGUGAAGAAGGGGGCAAUUACGAAAGUAUCAACAACGGCAGUAGAAAGUGCACCAAGUAAUAAACAGAAAUCGGAUCUCAGUAAAGCUGAUUCUGACGACGAGGAUUUUUUGUUGAACAAAGAGGUAAACGAAACUAAACGCAAACUCGAGAAAAAUUUCAGUGAUUCCGACGACGAGCCUUUGGCAAUUAAGGCUAAUAUAAAAUCGAAUGAUAAAGAUUCUGACCACUCAGACUCAAGGAAAUGUGACAGUACAUCUCAAAACAUUCUGCCACCAAAUCAGUUGAUGAUGUUGCCAAUAACGAGUAAACCCAUUUCUACUCCUCCUCUCAAUUCAUCAACACCAGUUGCCAGCGCUUCCCCGAUAAAUGCAGCAAUGCCACAGAGUACAACUCCACAGAUACCUAGUCCGUUUAAAACAAUUGAAAAGAAGUCCCCAGUUCCAACAUCCAAAAUAUUAAAUGUACCGGCAACUUAUGCAAUACCUUCGGCUACACCUCCAUCUCCAAAUGUUAAUUUAACAAUGAAUUCCAGUUUCAACAAAACACCAUCAUAUAUGCCACCAGCUUCGCCGCACUACCACGCACCACAUGUACGCCCAGCUGCUCAUCCAUUUCCAACGGCGAAGUCUCCUACAGCACCAACUCCCAUAGGUAGUACUACACUACCACCACAUUUGCAGGUGCCCCUUCCACCGCAGUCACCAUUAAAAUAUCCAGCCGCACCAACAACUUAUCCACCACCAAUUGAAGCAUAUCCGUCGCCUAAAAUAAACCCAACUUUUCUAACACCGAAAUUUGAUCGCACAACCUUACCCCGUACAAACAAUUUUCCCUCACCAUCUCCAGUAAAAUUUGAAUUAUCUUCAGUUGCGAAAGGUGGACUUGGCGGCUCAUCUUUGUCGUCGAAAAUGGCAAUUCCCGGUACAGGCGCAUCAGUGGCAAUUACCGCAACGACCAGUGUAACCACCUCGGCUACAGCUGGACAAGCAGCUGCAUCCGCAGAUCCGUUGAAAGACGAAAUUGGGAGCAUUCUUACAGCAAGUCUGAUGCCCAGUAAAGAGGAAUCUGGGAAGGUAUUUGGCAUAGCUAGCGUUAGUUUAGCUCAAAGUUCAGGACCGGACAACACAAAGUGUACUUUGGGAAAGUGCGGUUCAAUUCAUAAACCAGUAUUGGGACCCGUUGUGCCCACGGAAGGCUAUAUUGGUGACCAAUUAUCGAGUAAAGAGCGGCGUAAAGCGAAAGUUAACAUGACACAUGAACAAAUACAAAAGUGGUUGAUUGAGUGUUCCUCAAAUCCGGAUGAGAUUCAAGAUGAUUUGGACGACGAUUAUGACGACAAUUUACGCCCAAAUCUAUUCGCUACUACACCGCCACCUACGCGCGAUGACAAGGAAAGUACUUCUUUCAGUUCAUCAUCGAAGGCCACACGUGAUUUAGGUAAGAGUGAAAGUGCUUGGUCUGCUAAAGGUCCUUCUCUAAAGGCAACGCCAGUAAUUGCAACAGGUAACCGAAAGGAUGAUGGCAAAAUAAUGGAUACAGUUAAUCCAUUGGACAUGCCAUCUGAUAAUGAUAGAACAAGUGGCCAAGCUAUAAAUCUAACACAAAAGAAAAACGUAAAAACAAAUUCAAAUGCAAACAUAAUAAGCGAGACCGCAACCCCCGCUAAGGCAACACGUUCCGAAAAAACAGACAAAAAAAAUACUGCUGUUAAAAAAUUCAAAGAAGAAAAAAAUAUUAGCGAAACUACAGGUAAGGACAAUAAGCAAAAUAAAGUUGAAAAGGAAAAAGACGCUCCAACGACCUCCAGUGCGGUCCACAAAAUAACUGCUGUUGGUAAGCUGGCACAGCCGGAAUUGCCUGCAUCUACUCCUCCAUUAUCUACAGACGUUCCUCCAACGCCGAAGCAAAAUCGAAAAAAGAACACUACAACUACAACGGUGAUACCUGCGUCAGAUGAGAAAAAUGUCACUCUAGUUAAACCUGCAUUGAAUACUCUUUCGAUCAGUAGUUCGGCGACUACAAAAACGCCAAAGCGAACUCCUGUUUACAAUCAGAAAAACCAACCAAAACAAAUUGAAUUAAAAGAAACAACAACGACAAGUCACAAGAAAUCGGCGCCCUUUUCAUACGGUGCAUUUUCCGCAGAUAAUGAGAAAUCAAUUUAUUCUUUCGAUAAAGAUGAUGAUGAAGCGGAGGGUACGAAAAUACAUUCAACGCCAGCAUUUAGACGACAAAGCGGGCGAGAUUCGCAAAAUGAAGAGUCUGUUCCAAACACUCCAACUAGUAAAGCUUCACCGGGAAAGAAACGCGCUGUAGCUGCAUCUAGUAAUGAGAAAGUUAACAAAGAAACAGCUGCUAAAUCACAAAACAGUUCUGUGUCCUUAACUCUGAGCCCAUCAGAAAAUUGUAAACUUGUGAAAGUAAGUUUGGAUUCUGAAAAACCCGGUGUUAGCAGCAAAACAUCCUCUGCCAAGUCAACCAAAGGCGUCAAGAAGCAAGAGAUCGUAAAUAAUGACGUCGAUUCCGAUUCUGAGGGCCAUACAUUUUAUAUUCCUUUGCAAGGUGUUGGGACCGGUGGAGAUGGCGAAGGAGGCAUCCAAGGUGUCGCUGUAAAGUUAGGUAGAGAGGGUCCUGACGGCCCAAACCAAAAGGUUAUAAUGCACGCAACAUUGGUGACUAAAGCUCAAAUGGGCUCAAAUUCAAAACCACUACCAGAGUCUAUGAAUGUAUCCGACAUUAUGAAAACUUUGAUACCAACUUCGCAAACGCUAUUGUCGUCCACGACAUCGGGAGCAAAUAUCUCUGGUGAAGAAAUUUCAAAAAAAGGUGAAAAAUCCAAUACUGCAAUCCCAGCUGUAGCAUCAACAGCGACAUCAAACGUGGAUAAAUCUUCAUCAAAUAGUUUGAAAAAUGUACCAAUCGGCACUGUCCAGCCAAGAUUCAAAGGAGGUGCAGAUGCUACAAAUCAGCCAUCAACAUCGGCAGCAGCUGCAAGCGCAAGUGCGGGAAGUGGAUUAGUCCGUGUCAACUCGAACUCUUCACUUUUUUCAGGUUCGGCAAAAUCACGAAUGGGCGGGGCAGGUCCCGGUCCAUCAGCUCAUGGUGCAAAUAAGAAAUUCAAGGAUGACACACCCAUCAAAAUGUCAAAUAACACCGCUUUCCCGCGUCACGACGAUCCCACCCAGAUGGUAGAGGCGCCUAUUUUCCGACCAACAGAAAAGGAAUUCGCAGACCCUAUAGAUUUUAUUGAACGUAUCACUCCCAUUGCAGCGCGAUUCGGCAUUUGCAAAAUAAUUCCUCCUCCAACAUUCAAACCUGAAUGCCGUAUAUCGGAUGAAAUGCGUUUCACAGCUUACAAUCAAUACGUACAUAAGAUGCUCCAUCGCUGGGGUCCAAGUGCCAAGGAGCUAAGUGCAAUUAAAAAAUAUCUAGCAACGCAAAGCAUAGUGAUGAAUCACCCACCAUGGAUUGGAGGUAUGGAAGUUGAUCUACCGCGCCUAUAUCAUACCGUGCAAGAGCUAGGUGGCUUAAAGGAGGUGAUAGAAAAAAAGAAAUGGGCACGCGUUGCCGAAGAAAUGUGCAUUCCGAAGUUGGCACAGGAUCGUGUAACGAAACUUGAUGAUAUAUACUGCAAGUACUUGCUUCCUUACGACACCUUAUCGCCGGCUGAGCGUCAAAAGCUAUUCGAUGAGGUUGAAGCAGAUUGGGCGAAACGUGAAGCUCGUGCUCGACGAAAUGCCGAUCGAUUUGUAAACACUGAAAGUGUGUCCAAUGAGGAAGAUGAUGUAUCUUCGGAAGAUGAUGAGGAGUCGGAGGAGGAGGUGGAUGGUGUGUCAAUGGAGUGCAUUGUGAAAGGGCGCAGUAUGCCGCUUAGUCAAUUUUAUCGCAUUGCACGCAAUACUAUGGCUCUGUGGUUUAAGAAUACCGAACCCAUUGUUAAUGAGGUAGAGGCUGAGUUUUGGCGUCACGUUGCUGUACGUGACAGUCACGUUUGCGUGCACUCUGGUUCUAUCGAUUCUUCCGGCUGGGGCUAUGGUUUCCCCAGUCCUGGUCCAAAGGGCAAAGGAUCGAAUUAUGCGCGCCAUCCAUGGAACCUUAAAGUGCUCACAAAUAAUCCAGGAUCGGUAUUGCGUUCGCUUGGCCCUGUAAUGGGUGUAACUGUACCCACUCUGCAUGUUGGUAUGCUGUUUUCUGCUUGCUGCUGGUACCGCGAUCCCCACGGGCUCUCGUGGAUUGAGUACUUACACACAGGUGCCUCAAAACUGUGGUACGGCAUUCCAGACGACCAGAGCGCUAACUUCCGAUCAGCACUUACUUCACUCAUUCCCACACAUUGCCAAAAUAAAACUAUUUGGCUGCCUUGUGACACGGUUAUGGUUCCACCGCACAUGCUCACUGAUCGCGGAGUGUCGCUAUGUCGCAUAGAACAGAAGCCAGGCGAAUUUAUUGUUGUGUUUCCUCGUGCCUACACUUCUAGCUUGGCUACUGGCUAUGUAGUUUCUGAAAGCGUUUAUUUCGCGACUACAUCCUGGUUGGAUCUGGCAAAAGAAGACUUUAGAGACAUCCAUGAUAGCUGCGAACCAGCCAUGUUCUCCUUAGAGCAGUUGCUCUUUGCUUUGGGAUAUGAUCAACGUGUAACAUCUGACACCUUGCAACAAAUGCUUCCUAUGCUGCAAGAGGUAUAUGAAAAAGAAUUGGCCGCUCGGGAACAACUUAAGGCUGCUGGUGUAACAUCUACAGAGAAGGUGGCCAAUGAAAAAGGUACCAAGGCGAAAAAACAGCAACCACCACAUAAAUCUAUUGAAAAUGAGUGUGACUUAUGCCGAGCUAAUUUGUACAUCUCAAUGAUUAAAACGGAGGAAGGAAAUGUGUAUUGUUUGCAACAUGCAUUGAAGAACCUGAACAAUGGCAACAUCCAAGCUAAACAAUGCAAACUUAUAUAUGCGUACAAUGUGGAAGACAUUGAAAGUCUAAUAAAAAAUCUCAAAGAUAAAAUUCAACAGAAACGGCAUGCGGUUACGGGGAAAAAGUCCAAGUAGUACCGCGUGCGCCGGAAACGAAAACUAUGUAAAUAAUUUCAUUAAGACGUAAAUGAUUUAUACGCAAGGGUAUUGUAAUAUGUAUUCUUUCCUCACACAAAUUCGUUUAGUAACAUGUGAAUUUGGUCUAAAUGUAUGGGGAAUAUACAUUUUGAACGGUAAAAUGCAAUUUUCAAUGCUUUCGAACUGCACAUACUGUUUAUAUUAUACAUACAUGCAUAUAUUUGCGCUUUGUUCGAUAGAAUUUGUGAAAUUACAAAGCUCGAAAAGGUUUUAGAAACCGAUAACAAUAUAUGUUUAUUAACAAAUAUACACUGAGAAAAUUUGUUUAUUUAUAUGAAAAUAUAUUUUCAGAUGAGAACAGAAAUAUAAUCUAUUUCAAUACUUCACGUACAUAAUACAAUGUAUGAAAAUUUUAUAGAUUUAAUGGAUAGAAAGUUGCAAUUUCUAAUUUAAUAUUAUUUUGCUAUGCAGAUCCAGUAGUAGGAACUAGUGUUUAGGUACGAGCAUUCACAGUCAUUGUGAGAUAUAUACAUUUUUUGGAAUAAAACUAAUAAAAGAUAAAAAUGUAUUUGAUGUUAAGCAUUGAUAAAUUCACGUGAUGUAUAAAUAAAUAUGUAAGAAUUAAAAAGGACGAUAACAAAACAAGUUCUAUAGAAAUUAAUAAUGAAAAACUAAUAAAAGGAUAUAAGAAUAUUUUUUGUUUAUAUACGAGUAGCACGUUUAUGUUAAAUCCUUUUCAUUUCUGAAUUGACGUUUUCCAAGAAUUUCUCUAUCGUAAAAGUAUUUAAAAAUGUUUCAUAAUGAAAAGAAUUUUAGAAGCCUCUUUUGUCCUCUGUAUAUGUAUUGUAAGUUUCCUUUAUAAAUAAACAUUUGCAUUAGAUGUUCAAUGUAUUCCACAUGAAGUGCAACAAUAAAUAUUUCAUUAGUGCUUAA